GCACGUAACCCACGGGGUAGUAUAAAUAUCGACGGCGAGUGGCCUUGGAGCGGCCAUGGUCCCGGAGAAGCAAUGGCGCGAGAAGGGCGAGAUGAUGGACAAGCGCACGGCGCGCAAAGUCCAUGGCGUCGACUUUCGCAGCAUGAUCCAUCGUCUGCGCGUGGGUCUCCUCAAGGGCUCCAACCAACACGAGGACGACGCUUCGAACGUCCCGGAUGGCAUCCAAGUCUACGUCCGGAAGCGGCCCAUCUUGGAGCACGAGCCCAAGAAGAAGGAGUACGACGUCGUCACGUGCUUGGACGACCACCGCCUCGUCGUCCACGACUGCCAAAUGUACGCGGACAUGAAGCGCAAGUUUAUCGAGAGCCACACGCACACGUUUUCCCACGUCUUUUCGGAAAAGACAUCAACCGACGACGUGUUUGACCGAGUCGGCGCGCCGCUCGUGGACCAUGCCAUGGGCGGCGGCAAAGCUGUCAUCAUGAUGUACGGCCAGACAGGGUCAGGCAAGACGCAUACCAUGACGGGGUUUCAAGAGCACAUUGCCGACCUGCUCUUUGCGACGCCGCAGGCCCCGUGGAACGUGGUGAUCUCGGCGAUAGAAAUCGCUGGCGCCAAGUGUUACGAUUUGCUCAAGAAGCGGCAGCGGGUCCUCGUGUGUGACGACGAAGGCGGCAGCAGCAAGCUCCUCAACAUUGGCGAGCAUGUAGCGACGUCGGCCGCCGACCUCUUGGCGACCGUCGAGCGUGCCCUCGCCCAGCGCGCGACCGAGAAGACGGCCGUCAACAGCGUCUCGUCGCGAUCGCACUUUUUGUGCUUCUUGACGCUGCGGAGUGCGUCGGGCGACGUCCGUGGUGGGCAGCUCGUGCUCCUCGACCUCGCUGGGAGUGAGCGCAACGAAGACUCGUUUGCGCACUCGGCCGACCGGCGCAAGGAAACCAUCGAGAUCAACUCGAGCCACAUGGCGCUUAAGCAGUGCGUACGGGCGCUGGGCGCCGAAGACGUCACUGGCUACGUGCCCUACCGCGCGUCGACGCUCACGCGGCUUCUCAAAGAGUCGCUCUGGUCCAAGGACGCGCGGGCGGCGGUCAUUGCAACCAUCUCGCCGAUCGCAACCGACACGGAGCACACGCUGCAUACGCUGCAGUAUGCCAGCCUUAUGCUGGCGGAAAACCCCGAGCUCAAGCGAGACCGCGUCGAUGUCACGCCUGCACCCGCCGAGGCGCCGGUCAAGGCGGCGCUCAAGGACUGGAGUCACGACGAGGUACUAGCGUGGUUCAAAGGCAUCAAGCGCGGGAUGUUUGCCAAGUACGCAACCAACAUUGGCUCUGCGAUCGACGGCAGGACAGUGAGUCGGUUCGGUCUCCCGCGCUGGAUCCAAAUCUGCAACAACAACCACGUUGAUGCGGACGCGAUCUUCAAAGUUUUCAAGAAGGAACUGAGCCUCCAGGAGAAGCUCGAGAAGGAACGCCGCGCGCGCAACAUCGUGCGGGCCAAGCAGUAG